AGUAAACAUGGAGGAUGAAUGCGUAAAAGCUGCGUGCUGAGUUGCCGGCGGGAUAAAAUGUGAAUUGCAACGAAAUAGGCCCUUCCUCGUGGUCAGCGAUUCUUGAAAACCUAAUAAUGUCGCUGAAAAAGGAAGCUGGAGCAGGAAAUAUUUUGCUAACGCCGCUACUUGGGAUGAAGUCGCGAAAGAGUGAGAAGGAUAGCUCAAGCGCGCUGCACUCUUCGUUGCCUUCAGUGUGUAUUCUAACUUCGCGAUCGUCAAAACAUCUGAUGGGAUUAGAGAGGGAAAGUGUCGAAAAUGCUACAGUAUCUCUUCAUCAGGUGAUUGAACUUUAAGUAAUUUAACCAAAUUAGACGCAUUAAGUUAACGCGACUAAAUAGCUCAUAAACUCGGUUAAUUUCAUGUGACUAUCUGGUUAUUUCACGCGUUCUAGACUCAAAGCUCAAUAACAGAAAAAGCACAUGACAUCAUUUCACAUUAGACAGGAGGUUUUCAUUCCUCUUGAAAAACGUUAGGCCGGUUUAUACUGUCAUUGUUUUAUUUUCGAACUAACCAUAUUUUAAAUAUUGUGUUGUUUAUCUAUAUAAAUAGGGAAAAUUCGCCCGCGCGCGCGGGUGCAAAAUAAUGUUAUUUGUCCAAUAACUGUAGGUUUUAAGUUUGAAAUUAUUAUACCCAUGAAUACAAAAAAUGAAAAAAUUAUCAUGUUUCUAAGCUUUAAUGUGGUGACGUUGCACUGAAUAUUUAUAACUUUUCAGACCUUUUCACUUGAACAAUAGCCGUUGGUAAUUCCAACAUUUAGUUCCUUUAUGGGUGAUGUCUCAAUAAAUAAUUUAAGAGUAUUUGCACAAAAGAGAGCUGUCAUUAAUAUUCAAAUGCUUCUAGGGCUACAUUUGUUUUACCCAAAAAUAAACAAGCCCAUUCUUUGCUGCAAUGGCCUUUUUUCGGUUGGCCCAAAUUAGUCAGUUAAUCCAGAUUUCCAUGGAUUGUUUAGCUACAUUCCAUAUUUGCAAAUAGUUUUUAACCAAUCAUUUUUGCAUCUUAUUGUACUGGGGAAAUAUUUGUGCAAACGAAUCACCUACAUUAUUUUCUUGUGACCCUGAAGAUUUCAGUUUCCAUUUUAUUUUUGCUUUGCAGUAAAAAAAAGAAACACUCUUCAUAGAAAAGCACAAAAAGUUGAGGUUUCAGGACAUGUGAUAUUGAUCCAUAUAUUUUUCUGAAGGCUUGUUUUCACAAAUAACUGAGUCAGAGUCUGAGUCAUAUAUAAUAAGAGAUUAGAUCAUUAUGUUCUAGUGAAAACAGCUGUCUGAUUCCACUUACAACUCUGCUACGUACCAUUUUAAGACUAGGCUUUCAAGUGGUGAGCAGAAGCAGAAGAACUAAACCAACCACAAAGGGUGUAAACAACCAUUGGGAUUAGUUUUUCUGUUUCAGAAAAAAAAUUUGUAACUAUUGAUGUUUACCUUAUAACAUUAAAUUAUUUGUUUACUCUGCUGUCGUUAGCAAUGCCAAUGUAAUACUGAAGCUUGAAUAUGUAACCACAUUCUCCUUCCCCCUCUGAAAAGUCAUCCUCUUUGUCAUAUCUGUCACAAAGUUGCCAUAUAUCAAGCAUUAGACACAGUGUUUCAUCACCAGAUGAAACACCAAGAAGAGUUAGAAAUACAACAUGUGCGCAGCAGAGUAUUUUUGACGAACUUCAAGGUGCUUCAUCUGUUGAUGAAACACUGUGUCGAAUGCUUGAUAUCACUUCUCAAACAAAAUGAUUUUAGAAGGAGAAAUUAAGGAUGCAGAAAUGAGCAGUUUUUCGUCUGAUUUCCAAACACUCAUUAGUCAUUAAAUUUCUUUGUAUUUUCUUUAUGAACUGUUGAUGAGUUUGAGAAUGUUACUUGCGUGCUGUUCUUAUUCCAGCUAAGGAAGAAAGAAGCCACACCAAAGCCUGUUUAUUUGUACCACUUUGUAAUUCCUCAGUUGGAUAAUAAUUAAUUAAGCUAUUACCUACAAUGGCUACUCAGAUUCGAUUUGCAUGGCCUUAUUAAGCUUAAGUUGACCCUGAUUACCUCUGAAUAUAAAUAUGAACAUGCUUCUAGCACUGCAAAUGUCUUGAGAAAGGGAUGGGUUGUCUUGCCUUAUCUUAUGGUGUGUUCUUUUGUGAUAAUUACUGUUCUUACCAACAUUGAAGUUAUUCAAUCUGCUUCUAAAUUGAAGACAAAUAACUUUUUGUGUAACAGGCAGCAAGAGAUGGAAAGCGUGACCUUGUUGAGAGAAGACUGGAAAAGUUAGGAAAGGGAAGCAAGAAAAUCAACAAGAAAGACCAGGACAACACAACUGCAUUGCAUUAUGCUGUGCGUUACAAUCACCUUCACAUUGUCAAGCUGUUACUGGAAUCUGGUGCAGGUAUGCCUAUAUAGCACACUGUACAUGUAAUACAAAGUACUUAAUGUGAUGUGUGAAGUGUGAUAUGUUUAAGUGUUUUCCUUGCCGUUAUAAUUAUAUUUCAUGAUUAAGAACCGUUAAGGAAGUUGAAAAUUAAACUAGAUUAAAAUAACUUUAACCUGUUCAAGUUCCUUUUUUAAACUUAUAGACAUUGAAGCAAAAGGAGAAGAUGAUGCCACGCCCCUUCACUAUGCUGCUAGAUUUCGUCCAGUCCCAAGAACCUAUAAUGGCUCUGCACGCCCAACACCUCAAGUGACCCCAAGUCCUAGCAUGGAAAACAUGAGUGAUGUUGGCUUGACUCUAAAGAAGGAUGAUAAGAAAAAAGAUGGGGGAUCAGGCAGUUUUGGGAAGGGGGCAAAAAGUCGCCUUCUAGGCUCAUCAUUAGGAACUAAACUAUUCAGCAAGGAUUUCUUAUCAUUGGAGAAAAGAAAUUCUAAUUCUUUCAUACCAAAAGAGCAGGCAUCUAAUGUUGGGGAGACUAUGAUAUUGUACCUUUUGUCAAGAAAAGCUAAUGUAAAUGCCAAGGACAGUUAUGGUUCAACUCCGCUGCAUUAUGCUGUUGCAAAGGGAAACCCUGAUGCUGUUCAAGAACUGUUGACUGAUCCAUGUAUUGAUAUUGAGGUAAUAUAAAAAAAAGAUCUUUUACACUGCAACUACUGUAACUGGGACCAAUUAGGCAAACGUAACCAGUCUGAUUACAGGAAAAUAACAGUACAUUCCAAGAAAUUUAGUUGCAGGCCAAUCAGCAGCUCUUAAAAAACAAUCAGUCACUCAAAGCAGAAAGUUUAAUAUUGAUAGCAAACUUUUUUCAGGAAUGCAAAAUAUUUCACCAGACAAUGUUUUUCUGUUCAAAACUUUGCAUACAACACCCAGAAAACAUAUUUCUUUGACACAAGCUGUUAUUUUGUCGUCUACCAGUAAUUUCUUCAGCACUAUUGCUGUGAUUUGCAAUAACAUGCGACCACAAGUCAAAAAUUAUUGUUUAGAUUUUUCGCCUCCAUCACUCUUUCUAACAGACCUCUGGGGAAACACUUGCUUUCUUCAGCGGGUUUAAAAGGUCAUGUCUGUAGGUUGUAAUUGGUUGAAUUCACUCCAAUUUUUUUUUUCAUUUCGUGGUAGUAAUAUAAUGACUGGCAACUAACUUUCUUGAAAUGUACAGUCGACUCCCAAUAACUCGAACCUUCGAGGGAAAUCGAAAAAAGUUCAAGUUAUCGGGAGUUUGAGUUAUCAGCAGCGCAAAGAAAAUAGCCGAGAGUAAGGAAAUUACAGUUUUUACUGCACAGUGAACAUUUUAAUCACAUUUAAUUGUAGAAAUGUCCUCAAAUCUCAAGUGAAAAUUAAAACUUAAGAUACUUCUAGAUUAUAAAUCAGAACGUAACGAAACAAAACAUAGCCUAAAUAGAUCCUGUGUUUUACUGUUUUGAGAAGUAAAGCUGCUUCACAUUAGCCUGUGACAAUCAACAUCAACCUCCAUUAGUAAACUAUACUCCUACAACACGUUAAUAGGAAAUCCCAAAUUCAAUGUUUCGAACGCCAGCAGACGGCUUUUUUCGGCCUACUUUUUAAGGGCUCAAAACAUGGUUCGAGUUGUCGAGGGUAAAAUUAUAUAGAAAAUGACGUGAGGGGAAACGAAAAUUGGUUCGAGUUAGCGGGAGUUCAAUUUAUCGAGGGUUCGAGUUACCGAGGGUAAAUUACAGUAAAUGUAGGACGGAAAUCCAGAGGAAAUCGAUUUUGGUUCGAGUUAGCACGAGGUUCAAGUUAGCGAGGGUUCGAGUUAUCGGGAGUUGACUGUAUUGUUAUUUUCCUGUAAUCCGAUUGGUCAACUUUUUCCAGGUGGCCCUGGUUAUAGUAGUCGCACUUGUAAAAUGACAUCUAUAAACAGUACAUUUAAAGAUAAAGAAGCUUGAGGCAGAGAAAUGUGCUUUGAGAAUAAUUUACAAUUAUUGAAUUUGGCUUUCACACCAUUGAAGAAUUAUACAGUUUGAGGAGGGUAUUAUCUCCGCACCAUCCAAUCGGAGUUCUACAUAAUUCUUCAAUUAAUCAUGCAAUAGCUGAAUUUAAUACUAAUUGUUUAGGUUUUAUUCAAAACAGAUCGCUGAUUCAGCAUUUUCAACUUCACAUGGCUUUGAACCGUACCAAAGCAGCUAACUUGCCAGGUUGCUGUCUUGCAUGACAUUAAUCGCCUUUAACGUUAGUGUACUGCCAUGAAAAAUAGUAUAACAUGAGCAUUUUCCAAAUUUGGCGAGCUCCAUUCGACCAAUGGUUGAGUUACAUAAAUUAUAUGGUGUUUAAAUAUUUCAGGCCAAGGAUAAAACACAGAUGACUCCUUUGCAUGUGGCAUCCAGCCAGGGUUCUUUUUCUGUUGCAAAAUGCCUCAUUGAUGCUGGAGCUAACUUAAGAAGCUUAGAUGAGGAACAAAUGACACCUAUGCAUUUUGCUUGUAUGGAAGGAAGUCUUGAAGUCGCCAAGCUGUUGUUUGAAACAGGUGUGUAGCUAAGGAAGUCGGGGUGUUGCUUUAGAAUCCACCAAGGAGAAAGAGGGCAGUUUAUACCAAGGGAAAAUCAAUUUGCACAUUUCUGUAAUAAGAAUUUUCUUUGGCACUCUUUCCCACUCCAAAACAUAAAGAUUGUACUCUAGAAUCAGCAUUCCCUGCAUGAAGAGGCCUCUUUUCCGUGGUUUUUGGUGGGCAGUAGGAAGCAGUGUUCUCACCAGGAUUUUGCCUUGGGGAGUCCCAGGGCCCCCUCUUCUGAGAAAUAGGGGCCCUGUAAGAACAUUAGGGGGACAAAGUUACAAAAAACACGCGGUACGAAGAACCUGAGCCCGCACUCCAAAUUGUCUGUUACAUGAAGUACCUACCUGAUCCAAUAUGGCGGAAGAGGUGUUUACGAUUCGGAGGAGGAGUUUACGAUGUAGUGGGACGUGCGUGGGACCAAUGAAAGUAAAGGCAACAAAAUUAAAGACUUUGACUCAUUUGAUACCAUGUUUUUUUAUUUAUUCAAACAAACACAAUGCUUUAGUGUUAGGGUGACCAUUAAAACUACUUAAGUCCGUUCGACUCGUAGCUUGCCCUUGCGCCCUAACGGGCGCAUCUUCUUGGUUUUAAUGCGCCAUUUCAGUUUUUUCUUGCGGGAAUCCCGCAAGGCCGCGGCCUGGUGAGAACACUGAGGAAGAGUCUCUUGUCCUACUGCCCGCAGAAGACACGAAGAUACCAAGAUUGAGCUAUAGGCAAUUUACAAGGGGUGGUCACUUGCAAGAGUCUAACUGUAGGGGGUCUCCUCCUGGAACAGGUGCCACCAUUCCUAUGGUUAACUACAGGUAACAACUAACUACAGUUUCAUAGUUAUGAUAUGUGCAGUUGUUCCAUAUUGUCACAGGCACCACUAAGGAAUGGCGUAACUGACUGGUAAACAAAUUUUAUAAGGGAAUACUAAGAAGGAGGCUUUUGACUAGGCAAUUGAACAUAAUACAGAUCAUAGAUAUCUCCAUAUUUUGCAGAAUACCAGUUGUAUUAAAAAGCCACAGGUCAUCUCAGGGGAAGGGGGGCUGUGCACCCCCUUCACCCUCCCCUUAGAUCUGCUCCUGUACUCUGAGUAGCAUUGUUUGCUGUGUAUCAGUUAAGCUUGUCUGGCAAGCACAAAAUUGAAAAUGAGCAGUGAAAUCACAAGAAACAUACAACACUGUACUAUUUUCGUUGUUUCCGCCCCACUCUUUAUGCGGCUUGGCCACUCACUCCUGCUUCCCUCCACUGCCCCUUCUCCAAUAAAACCACCAGCUAUGCGUGCUAUAGCAUUGUAUAUACAGUGAACAUAUAGAGAUCAGUAGACCAUGUAGUGGGCGAUUGCUUAUAAGAGGUGAAGGGAAAAUAGUAAAAAAAAAACUGUCAGCAUAAAGUUUUCACAAACACUUACAAGAGGUGGUAUUUUACAAGAAAUUUUAACCAUAGGGCUUUGACUUGGAAGAUUUUAGUGUUUUGGACAGGUUGUCUGCUCUAUUAAUUUCUUUUUAUAAUUAAAAUUCAUUAUUAUUAUCAUCAUCACCAUCUUUGUCAUCAUCAUCAUUAUUUUCGUUAUUAUAAUCAUUAUCAUUAUUAUUAUGAUGAUUAUUGUUAUCAUCAUUAUUAUUGUUACUAUUACCAUUAUCAUUAUUAUUAAUAUCAUCAUCAUCAUUAUCAUUUGAUUACCAUUAAAAUUAUCAUUAUUAUUAUUAUUCUGUACUUAGCUGAAGAGCAAGGUGGAUGGUCCAUAGUGUCCAAAAUGGUUACAGACCAAGAUCGAGAAGAACAAACACCCCUUCACCUUGCAGUUGAGGAUGGUGAUAUUAACCUGGCAAAGCUCUGUCUGGACAAAGGAGCGAACGUUAAUGCACACAAGGUUAACAUGAGCACUCCAUUGCAUCUGGCGGCCAAUGGCGGAGAUUUGGACAUUGUCAAGAUGUUAAUAGAACAUGAUGCCAAUAUAGAAGCAAAGAAUGCCAGUCAAGAAACACCACUGCACAGAGCAGCUCAGUUUAACAGGGUAGAGAUUGUUGACUAUCUCCUAAGCAGGUAAGCCAUUAGCCGUGUUCACUCUAGAAGACUGACAAGUUGUCUCAGAUGGCAGCCUGUUAAAAGUUGCAGACACUCUAAACCGUCUGAAAGGCGGACUACUGUGAGCUGCUUCAGCUUAUAUGCCCUGGGGUUAUACAUCUUCGUAAGGGUUUUAGGAGGGUUUAUAAACGGAGGGGUUUAUAACCGCAAUGGAAAAAGCACUUUAAAACAAGCUUUAGCGGUGCUGAUCAAAAUGCGUUUUACAUUUACAGGGCCGGGUUGUAACUCGUUCAAAGCUGGGUUAAGGUACCCAGAGUUAGUGCGAAAUUUGAAUUCAGAGGUGAAAGCUUAAAAAGUAAAUUCAAUAUAAAACUUUUUGUAUACAAUUUGAUGAUUGGAUGCUCUAAGAGGAAUAGAGAAUAUUAUCCGAGAAAAUCUUCAACAACCACGGUUAGCGCUAAUCGGCCUUCGAACAUCUGGACCCUGCUUUUUAAUUUUAAAAGCAUUUAAAAACGUGAGAAUGAAUCGAACUCAUCUCAAUACAAGCUGGUAUAGUCGGAUGUGUUUCCUGUUUACAAGUAGAUGGGCCUAUAACUGAAACGGAAGGAAAACAUGUUGCACGUGCAGCGUCGUCCGAUUUGUUCGUCUAUAAAGAUGACUGAUUUUUCCUGGUCAAUUUGUUUGUAUAGACAGACAAGUCGUCUAAAGUCCGAUGUAAAUUCACGCCUGGCGAACAACUAGGGCGGACGACUUGUCCGUGUGCAGAAGAUUUUUCCGUCUACUGGUGUGAAAACUACCAUUGCUUUUUUCUUUCCUAUCUCACUUGCCUACUUGGUACCCAGGUAGCACACCCUCGUGGGUUUUCGUGUACCACGCAUUAUCCAAGUGGAAAUUGGAAAUGUUAAGUUGCUUAUGUUACCAUUCAACCAAAACUUCGAAACUUUUGGACGGAAGGUUAGUGGUAAGAUCAUUUUCCGGAAACUCCAACCGAAAAUCGAGGAAUGUGUUUAAAGGCAGUCCUUUUAUCCCGGUUUGUACGAGCUGAAAAGCCUCACAGAAGGCCAUGCACUGACCAACUAUUUUAAUCUUUGCUCCUUGUGCUAAUCCUUUCAUUUUUAGAGGUGCCUACAUUGAGUGUCGAGAUAAGGACAAAGACAGUCCUUUGCUUAUAGCAGCAUCUAAGAAUCACCUAGAGACAGUCAAAAGCCUUUUGGCUCACGGUGCUGAUAUCAGCGCAAAGGAUAUUGAUGAUGCCACACCCAUAUAUCGAGCCGCAGCUGAAGGUUGCAUUGAGACUCUUGAGGUAUGCAUACACUAGGUAUUUACUAUUAGUGUUCACCAAAUCAGUGGAUAGCAAUUUUUGCGCGUUCUGAUUGGCUCCCGUAACUCCCGUAAAUGUUUUGGGACGGAUUCAAAAUGGCUUCUCGUUUCGCAACAGUUUCGAAGGAUGAAAUUUUAGCGGUAAAUGAAGCAGCUGCACCAACAAAUACCAAGAAACAGACAAAAUUUGGCUUGUCGGUGUUUACUGGUCGUUAUAAUUUUUUUUUUUUUGCAACAAAAUCAUAAAAAAUGAUCGCCGAGUCAAUUGAAACGUAAAGAAACUCUAACUAUUAAAAAGUGACGUCUUUUAUUUACAAAAAGUUCCUUUUUGAUUUUUAUCCAACUGAUUCGGUAAAGACUAAAACAACUAUUCCCCUCAGUGUCGGUUCAUAGCGCUAAAUAUACCACCACCAAUAUUCACCUCCCCGUCGGGGGAUAGUUGUACACUAAUUUAUUCUGUUUGGUCGGAAUACAAUUCAAGAAGGCGCCUAGAAAAGCAAAGUGGCCCCACGAGGCCUAGACUACGAGUCGUCCCUCAUUUUCCCUCAGGGAUAGGGGAGCAAGUGACACACGAGCGCGCGUGAAAAUUCGGCACCCCACGCGAGAAAGGCCAUUUUGCUCUCUCUCUCUCUCUCUCUAAUCGCCGCGUCUCGCCUUUCUCGCGUGGGGUGAAUUCACGCGCGCUCGCGUUUCGUUCGCUCUAUCGUAGUCUACAAAAACCCCAGACUUAAUGGAGCUGUGUCACGAAAUUUAACAAAACUGCCGUGUCUUACGGACAUUACGCAGCACCAUAGACCCCGCUAAUUCUUUUUCUCACCUCUUUAUCUCGCUCGACUUCUUUUUUCUUUUGUCCCUCAGUUUCUUCUUAAAUCUGGCAAAGGCAAGUCACUUGUCGAGGAGUAUGACAAGUAUGAGAACACUCCACUACAUGUUGCAGCCAAAAAAGGAUAUGUUAGAAUUGUCCAAGUAAGUUCUUAUAGCAGGGUGUCAGUGGAAGCCCUAACAGGCCCAAAACACCCCGGAACACCCCGGAUCAUCCCGGAAUACUGCGGAACACCCCCCUGACGGGCCAGACCGCCCCGAACACCCUUAAUUGCAAAAAUUAGGUAAAAAAAUUAUAAGACCCCCCAAAGAAAUCUAAAAAAUCAUGUUCGGGGGAGGUUUCGGAAGUGUUCCCGGGUGUUCUGGGGGGUUCCGGGCCUGUUCCUGGUUUUACAGACACCCCUAAUAGCUUGCGUGGCAGGCGCCGGUUAGUUUUUAAGGUUAUUUUUAAUUUUAGAAUUUGUUCAUGCUUAGCGUGCGUAUAUCGAGUUAUGGAUGCACGCAGGAAGUUUGGAGCGCACGAAAGAUACGUAAGAGUUGCUUGAGGCACAGCCGAGAGCAACUCUAGUUUCUUGAGUGCUCUCCAAACUUCCCAAGUGCAUCCAUAACUCGAUAUGCGCACUGCUAAAAGCAUGAGCAAAUUCUUUUAUAACAUAGCUGCCAAAAUUGCUUGCUUUUUGAUUAACUACAAAAUUCACGUAACGCGCGACACAGAAAAACAAACUCUUCUGUUGGCUGGUUCCAAACACACCACAAUCGUCGACUUUGAAAGAAAAUUCUUUCUUAAAACUGAGAGAGAAAAUUUGCUUAUUUAUUCGUUAACGAUCAAUGGAAACUAAGCAGAAACGAAGGUAAAAGAGUCUUAAAAUUCCACCUAAGGUAAAGAUACUCACAUGUUCGUAAGAAUUCAUGGAGUAUGGUUUGGAUUCGCUGAAAAGAUGUUUAUGUUUUGCUCGGCGAAAUCCAGAAAACUUGUUUUUACUGUUAAAUAGCCACUUUGAGGUUGCACGGGAGGCCGGGUCGAGAUUGUUUCAAAGUGCAUUGCGGGACUGUUUUAAGAAAGGCAUUAUCAACAUGGCGGCAAUUCGUCCCACAAUGCACUUUGACAACCAUCUCGAUCCAGUCUCCAGCGCAACCUCAAAGUGGUUAAUAGAGCUCGCGUCCUCGAUAUUGCUCCUUUUCGCUUAAAAAAAGAAACGGCUCCUGCUAUGCAGGUAAAGUUCCAACUACUGCAUAAGGCUUUUUUCCUUUAGUUGGGGACAAGGAAGGUAAUGCUUUUUUUCCGACGUCAGGGCCGUACCAAAAUCAUCUUCAAAAGCUAGGAACUUAUAAUUGCGAUCGGCAAUGGAGGCCAAACAGACAUACCUGCAACCCUUAUUACUUUUACAAACGGUAAGCCUCAGAAUAAGAUUUCAGAUUACGUGUUCGCCGAAGAGCGUAAGGUGAAGACUGUAGGUGUGGUAAGGUGUACAUGUACGUAGACUCAUGGAGUGCUAGGCCAGUUGCUCUUCCAGUGGCGCUUGGUUCUAAGUGGUUCAUUUUUUGACUUUCUUUUAGCUUCUCCUGGACAAUGGUUGUUGCAUUGACUGUAAAAACGAUGGAUCCCUAACGCCACUCCACUUGGCGGCCAAAUUUGGGCGGAUAAGGUAACACUGGCAGUUGGCGUCAUAUUCAGUCUAGAAAUUUAACGAGAAAGCAUUCUCCACUCAGCUUCCUUGUGUUUGCUUUAGCCUUACUGUUAGACGGAAUGUGGCGGGCCUCAUAAAUCGGAUCCGUGCCUAAAGAGGCUCACGGAUCAUAAGUUCUAAAAAUUUGAUCUUGGUUCUCCUAGUAACAAAUUACAGGCUUCUCAGGGCAAAGCGCUAAAUUUAGUAGUAGAUACGAAACACAGCCUAAAGGCCCCACUCUCUAGUCUGAUUCCAUUCCCUUGUUUCCGCGUAAGAGAUCAUUAAAACGGAGAGGCUAUACACUUCUUCGCCGGCUAUCCCAACGGGUUGUUUGAACCAAAUAUGGUGGCCCGUUAAAGUAAGCGACCAAGCUCGACGUUUUUAGAGGAAAAUAGAGGACAUUAGUGGGCUUAAGAUGCACCUUUUCUGUCUACUGGUAUAAGCUGACAAAACUGUUUGCCAGGUAGUUAUAGAAAAGGUGACCAUGAUUUCUUAGCUCGACGACUUUACAGGAAAAUAGAGGACAUUAGUGACCUUAAGAUACACCGUUUCUUUCCACGAGUACGGACAGACGAACAUGUUUGCCACGUUAAACGUAGUUGUAAAACAGGUGACCAUGAUUUCCCAGAAGUAAUGGUGGCAUCAACCAUUUUACCCGGUAGCCUACCCGUUUCUCCGCGGGGUAAGAUGCUAUCUACCCGUAUUUACGGCUGCGCGUACAGGUUAUUUACCCGUACCGGUACCCGUGCCCGCACACGGAAACGCUUCUGUAUCUUAUGGUCUCUAUUAAACAGUCUUGCUGGUCUCAUAAUUAUAUGUUACCUUGUGGCCAUUUUACAGAACAGUUUGUGCUCUUCUGAAGAGGGAUAUGUCCAUAAUAAAUGACGAAGAUGAUGCUUCCAACACUCCGCUACAUGUAGCUGCACUAAAUGGCAAUGAUAAAGUCGCUAAAGAAUUGCUUGAUAGAGGAGGCGCUAUCGAUGCAAGGUGAGAGAAAGAUCAUAACUUUAUCAGGGAGGUUAAUUCUUUUUUGCUACGAACGAAGAAUGCUCUUUCACUGAAUAACUCCACCGAAAGCAGCCUUAAAUUUAAAAUUAUUUCUUAACGGAAAAGCAUAUUGUGUUUUUUUAAGCCCAGAGCCGAAGGUACAAGUGGUAAAGUUUUCGGAAAGUUUCUAUCCUAGCCGUCCAAUCCGUAAUAUUAUUAUCGAACUAAGUAGAGUAACUGUUAACAUAAAAGCAUAAAAGGAACAGUGAUAGAAAUCUAGUAGCCUGCGGAGCUUGAAGUUUGUUUGGCGAGAGGGAAAAAAAAGCUGCGAAAACACGCACAAAGCUUGGCCGCUCACUUGCGCGCUCGACAAACAAAACUGCCAGCUACGCAGCAAAUCUAGUCGUUAUUUUGCCAAUAAACACUAUUCACUUUGAUUAUUAAAGAUCGUUUGCCAGGCAGUUUCCUUGACCGGAUUUUUCCCAAGGUCAUACAAGCUGUGCAAUCGCUUUCACUAAAUAUCCGAAGCUAUAAAUCGACAUCCUACGAAAGUUCGUAGUCAAUACUUCUAACGGAUCUUUGUGCACAGGAAUGCCAACUUAUGGACGCCGCUGGAUUGUGCGGCAGCAAAGGGCUGGGUGGAUGCAGCCACUGUUCUUCUUGAUGCUGACUGUCCUGUGGAUCCUACUGAUAAAGCAAAGGUAAAAGGAACAUGCAACCUCGUUCCCAGGGUUUUCUCCUACCUGCCGGAGAGAACUCUGGGAACGAGGUUGAAGGAACACGGUGGCGAAAACUCUUGUUGAAUAAGGUUACUUGCAAAGGGCAACGCCCUUAUAACUAAUGGAGAAUAAAAAGGAAAUGAUGAAACUUCGAUUGUGAGUCUUGAAUCGCGGCACGUUUGUUAAACGCAACAAAAAUCAGCUUUGUGUUUACUAAGCUGGCCCGGUUAGCUGGGAUCCCGGUAUCGAAAUGGCGUAAUACCGCGAUGAAAGUCACCCUGCUCGGCAAAUCUGGCCAGCCUGUCCCUUAAGUCUUCCUUUUUUUUUCAGACUACCCCACUUCACCUUGCUGCACGUGAAGGCCACGUGGAGAUGGUGAAACUACUUUUGUCAAGGAAAGCUAACAUUACAUUGACGGACAGUGCUGGAAGAAAUUGUCUCGAUAUGGCCGUUGAAAAUAAUCACAAGUAAGUAUUUAAAUACAGGCUAAGAAAAAUUCAAGAAGCAAAUGCCUCAAGGAUUUGUAAACACUUUGAAACAGCGACCUUUAGAUCCAAAAGUUAUGGCCCAGCGCCUUUGCUUCGCAUUUCUUAAGGUGAUUCCCUAGUAAAAGAACCUAACAUAGAUUGUAGAUAAAACUUGGUACACUGAUGUAACAAGUCAAGAAGAUGAUAAAAAAAGUAAUAAAAAGUGGGGGUCACCGUGCUCGUUUUGACGUCACAAUGCUGACAAAUACGGCUAUUUUGGACCCUUUGACAAAAACCGCGCGCAGCCCAAAACUAGACAAAAAGGAAAGAUCUUUUCAAUGAUGCAUGUGGUAUCGCACAGAAUUUGACUUAAAUGUAUUGUUUAUCCACUCACGUACCAUAAAAAUGCCUUUUAAUGCCCUUGUUUUUACUUUACACUCCAAAGUAGAAUUAAAUUGGACACGCGCUAUUCGACACGUGAUAGCUCAAUCCGUACAAUUUAGUAAAACUGCCAAAAAACUGAACAUAGAUUUGUGCCAAUUUUUUUCUCACCGAAAGGAAGCACUGUCUUUAUUAAAUUCAUGAAAUAAAAAAUGGGGUCACCGUACUCGUUUUUGCGGUAGAGCUGCAGAAAGUGCGCACCAAAUGCUUUUCCUUGAUUUUUGAGAGAGGACUGGGGCGAGUUUCAAAAUAGAAUGUAUGUGAAAGGGGGAAGAAAGUAGUAAAAAAUCCGUUUUUACAGAAUUUACAUCGAGAUAUCACAUGUAGGACACAAUGUGAUAAAGAAAGCGUUUAAAUUAAAAUCAAAGUGAAUAAGCACAAAUUAAACAUCCACUAUCGAGGUUCUCCGUGAGGAAGUCGAACUCAGCAACACGCGUACUGCUUACGUUAUGCACAUUCCCACCACAUUGAGUCUCACCUCGGCAAGAAACAACCGCAAGCAAAAAUUGCAAUAACGUUUCUCUUCGGUCAACUUCAUUUUAAUAAUGUUACUUCACAUGCUCUUUUUUACGGAGGCCAUCUUGUUAUGCGCAGUAAGAGAUGCGCAUUGCAAAACCAGGGAAUCACCUUAAAUUUUUUCUAUUUAUUUAUUUUGUUGUUGUUGCUGUUGUUGUUUGUUUACUUCGUGUUAGAUAUAGUUUGUUUAUGGUAGUCCCGAGUUCAUCUUGUCGUUUUCCUGGUACUCACGCCAACUCUGAUUAAGAGAAAGUACUCUGAAGAUGAGGUGAACUGCGGAAAUACAAAUUUCAAUGAAGACAUGAUCAUCGCAAUUGUAAUUGCAAUUUUAACUAUUGCAAUUUAUCGUAAAUCCUCUAUUAUUUUUUUCAAGCAUUUUUGAGGGGAGGCGUAAAAGAGGGGGGGGGUGGGGGGGGGCUUAUUUAGUUUAGCGAAACGUAUCGACGGGAGCAAGAUUUCUCGAGGACAGACUUGUGGCAGUUCUCGGGUGUUAUACUGCCUUUUCUAACAAUAAGAAAAUGGUAACAACUCUCCACAGAGAACUAGAGCGUAAAGUUGGAAAAGUUGGGGGUCAUGCGGCGGAAGACCAAAAAUAAUAUGGAUUUCCAGCCUCAAUAAACCAUAACUGAGCAGUCCACGUUAAUUUUUUGUGAAGUAUAACGAUGGAGGAGACGGGGAGGGAGGAGGGGGGGGGGCUUAUUAACUUUCCUCCGCUGAAAAGGGGGGCUUAAUAGAGGAUUUACGGUAACCCGAAAAACAAGAUUAACUCAACAAUUUGGCCUGCUCCCAGUGUAUGGGUCUUCAUAGCUCAAUUGGUAGAGCACUACAGCGCUAUCGUAGAGGCCAUGGGUUCGAAACUCGUUGAAGUCCCGAUUUUUUUUUCCGGGUUAAUUUGAAAUUGCUUGGAUUACAAUUACCACUGCGAUAAUCAGACCUUCAUUUAAAGAAAGUACUCUGGGACGGGGCGUACACUGUCCGUCCCUUAGUCGAAAAGAGUAGAGGAUCUAUUUCCGUUUGUAGAUGUGAAACGAUUUAAAGCAGUUAUCACUCUCUCAUAGAAAGCUCAUGUAAACCAUAGUGAUAUAACGUCCUUUUUUUUCCAAAGGGAAGUAGCACUUGUUAUUAUUCAACACAAGGAUUGGAGACAAGCUAUGCGAAACAAGACCAAAGAAGGAAACUUUAUUUACACACCAAUGAGAAAGCUUAUCAAAAAACUACCCGGUGAGUGUUCCAUUGUGGCAGCUUUUGCCUGCAUCCUUUUCAGUUUUACCACUCAAAAAUAUCGUGAUAUGUAUUAUAAUUCCUAUUCCUUUUGACUUAAUUAAUGGUUUUGAAGCCUGGAUUGCAUCCUUAAAGCCCCGUGCAAACGGACGCAACAUUGUUGGAUGUUAAGUGUUACGUCCGUUUGCACGCCCUGUUGCAUGUUGUUGCGUGUUGUUGCGCAAAGUUUGAAACCGGUCAAACUUUUCAGCCAACAACUCCCAACAUUUCUUUUGUUCCGUGAUCGCCGAAGCGUAGCGCAACAAUGUUGGAUGCGUUUGCACAGUUCCUCCAACAUUGUUGGGGCCACGCACGCUCAUUACGCAUGGAUUACAAAGACUUACGGGUUCUAUUCUUCCCACGAUGCACUGCAGGCCUCAAACUUGUUGGGAGUUGUUUCAUCCGUUUGCACACCAACGCCAACACGCACGCAACAACUCCCAACAUUGUUGGCGCAACAACGUUGGGAGUUGUUGCGCCCCGUUUACACGUAGCCUAAGAUUUUCAAGAAACAGUUAAUCGCAAUGACUCUGCACUUCAUCUGAUAUGCGCACUAAUGUGUUUUGUAGAAACCUCGGUUUUCGUGUUGGAAGAAACCGCAUCAAGAGCUCCGCGUUAUGCUGGCAUUUUUCGAUUGAUUUCGACCGUCUAUUUUCUUCCAAGUUAAUCUGAACUAAGCGUUCUCGAAAAGCUUCUUUUUCUAUCCGCACACAAUAAGAAGCUAAUUUCCGUCUUCAAAAACAGGUUCUUAUUAUAUCUGUUUCUGAAAUGCUUCGCUUAAUCCGUUUGACCAUUUUAGUGUGGGUAUCAGCUGGGCCAGAACGCAUAAAAAUUGAAUAAGUGUGUCACAUGAACGGGUGAAUUUUAAAAUAGAAUCACAAGUUGCGUCGUGAUUCAAGAUUGCGCCCACAGCUUUAUACAUAAUAAAAUCAAGGAUCAAGCGUCAUUUUCGUAGCCUUGCCUACAAGUCGGGUUUUGAGCGAAAAGGUUUCGAUUCCUUACUGAUGCACAGCAUCAAGCUCUUUCCCGGUUUUAUCUUCUCGUAUCGUAGAGGUUGCAGAGAAAGUCUUCAAUCGCUGCGUCAAGUCGAAUGGGUACCCUGUAGACCAUCCACAGUACGCUAUCACCCUUAGCUAUGAGUUCCUGGAUGACGUCAGUCUUGAGUGGGCAGGAUUUAUGACGUCAGAGACAGUUGAGCAUGAGGAGAGUGGCUUGGAUGCUGUCAUGUAUAAAAUCAAGUCAGCCUUACCUGAGAACGCCAGCAAGCAAGUGGAAAUAAAAAGCAACCAUCCUCUGAUGCUUAUGGUAAGUGCAUCAAAGAAUCCGGACUAACGACAAUCCAUUCCCCUCUCCUCACGUUUCGUCACUAGCGGUGAGGAACGAGGGGAUACGGCACUAUUCGCAGGCUAACAAAGAAAACCAACUGGUUGCUCAGGGCAGCGGUUCUUUUUUUACGAGAGUUUUUAAUUCAAAGUACGUUAGUGUGCUACUGAAAUUCCUUUAAGGAGGGAAUGCGCAGACAUUUGUUGAAAUUCCGUUCUUGUAUUUUAGUCAGUUGCCAUUUUAAUUCGACCACCUACAAGCUGUAUGUUUGAGUUUUCGAUAGAAACUGUCUUGCUGAUUCUCAGCACUUUUACGAAAAAAGGAUCAUAGAGUGGCUGAUGUGUUUCUUUCAGGUCACAAAAGAGCGUGUAAAACUACUCAGCCAUCCCCUUGUAACGUACCUACUUCGCUAUAAGUGGCGUAGCUUUGGCCGUUAUGUGUAUUACGGCCGGUUAAUCCUGUAUGGGAUAUUCCUGUUUUUCCUGACUGGCUACGCUAUGCAUACAACCAAGAGCAUACCGAUGACUGUGUGCAAAGAGCGUGAGUGCACGUGCAAUGUGACCUUUGAUACUGGAACCACAGGGAGCCGAGUGGUGUGGAGAAAGAUUGGUCUGCCUGUGAUUCUUAUAACAACGUCUAUUAGUAUAUUUUUAGAGGUACGUAAUCUACAUAGUUAUAGGAAGUAGAAGAGCAAGACUUUUUGUCUUGAUGCCCUUCAUGUAAAAUGUAUUGAAUAUCGUGUUUUAACAUGUCUACAGCUAUUUCGAGAAAGGAAAAAAUAGUCGGAAAAACUGUGCACGCGACAAUCCCGAAAGGUGAUAUGGGAUAUCAUCAUUAUACAUCUACACUGUUCCUGACACCGUAGCUGUCGAACUUAUUUUUGUUGCUUUCCUUUAGCACUCGCAAACAUAUAUUGAUGGCCUUUCGUGUCAUUCUUCUUUCAAUUUCUUUGAAGAACAGUCAACUCAAAAUCAGCCACAAUACAUUUCGGGAUUGUCGCGUGUACGUUUUCCUACAACCUUUCUCGAAAUAGCUGUAUAUUACAAGUUAAACCUGGUGAAAAAGGCUGAUUUUCGCAACGAGUCUGCCAGUACCUCUCCAAAACGGCCAUCUUAGAAACAGAGGCAAGUGGCCGUUAUUAGAGAGGUGGUUUUAGGAGCACUUAUAGUAAACAUUGUCUUGACCCACGGUUGGGUCCAAACUAGAAUCUUUGCGUCUUUCUUGAUUUUGAUUCAUUUAAUAAGUCCAUCUUUUUGCCAUUCUGUUUGUUUCCUUUGUGGUGUCCCUCUCGUGACUUGUUAUGCAAUUCGUAGCCACUGUACGAACAGUUGCAAAUUGAAAUACUUGAGACGUUGUACCUUUUUGGUGCUUAGAUGGCCUAUGCAAUAGACUAUAUUGUGCUUGUGACCCACACUCCCCCCCCGCCCCUCCCUUAUCAAAGUUGCUAGCAAUACUAUACCAUGCUAAAAACCUGUAGGGACAACUUUUAAUGUAGGGAAGGGAGGGGGUGAGAGUUAUAUCUUACAGAUGUGUGACAAGUAGCGUUUUAAAAAGGGCCGGUUUUUUUGUUGGAGUGUCUCACCAUUUUUACAACUGGUUGCCGCUUGCUACACGAAGUUGUGUUGACUAUGAACUCGCACUCUUUUCUUCAUCAAGUCCAACUCAGCAGAAUCCCCAUCCGUGAGAAUUUAUCCGAAGUCUUACCCUCUGUUCGUUUUGCUUGCAGAUUAUUCAGUUUUGCUAUGUGUGGAGGCUUAUCUUACAAUGGAAUAGACUUAUUGAAUUGCUAGCUUAUAUCUUUUCUAUGGUUUACGUCGUGGAUGACUUACAACUUGACGAUACAAGCUUUACGAUAUCCGAGGGAUCAAGGCAAGUUAAUAAUGAUAAUAAUAAUAAUAAUAAUAAUAGCAAAGUUUUUAACGAUAAAAAUACGUAUCUUUUGUUAGAAGUGUAAUUAAUUAAGAAAUUUUACGUCCCGUAAUAAGUGCAAAAAGAUAAAAAGGAAGAAUUAAAAUCUAGUAUCUAAAAAUCCAAAAAAUCACGAAAUAAAAUACUCGCGAAAUUAAGUGAGAAUGAGGUAGCUGCAGCAUUAGAAAAAGGUGUACGUAAAAGGGCUAUGGCACCAGGUUAUUGCCGUUUUGGGUCAAUUCCGUGCUGAAGUCUUUACUUACUACCUUUAACCAAACACGAAAUCACCAUGUAGCGUUAUGAAGAAGACAUCAAGCAAAUGUCAUCAGGAACCACCUAAAAUAUUAACUUUUUAGGUGAUUUUGCAAGUAUUUCAGAGAUUAAGAUUCACGUUUACGCCAAAUGGCAAACGUGAAUUGGUACUACGUGACCAAGUUUUUCCCUUAAUUUUCGUUAACUGUUUGUUACUUCAACUAAAAAAUAAGUAUUUUCACGCCAGUUUUAUACAUAAGAAUUGUUGUGGACUGUUUUUAUCUGCUUAUUUUCUAUUCUGAGAAAUUCGCAACUUGAAUUUGACGUUUACCGUUUGGCGUAAACGUGAAUCUUAGUCUCUCUAUUAAUAGUAAUAAAACGUGAAAAAAGCUGAGCCAACGUUUUCAAUCAAGAUUCAAUCCAUGUUCAUCCUUGCUAUCCGUAGCAACAGAAGACAGGAAAAAGUUUCAGUGCCUAGAUAUAGUCGUAAAUGAUCAAACUGGACCAUUACUUUGUAAUUGCAUUGAUGCAAAAAAAAUUUUUUAGCUUUUUGAAAAGGUAGCAAAUCACGUGAAAUAGCCCCUAUGAACGUAAAUAUUUUUGAUUUCAUUUCCAGGUGCUUUGUUUAUCACAACAGUGUAGGUGCGACCGCGGUCUACCUUUCCUGGAUUGGCCUUGUUCUUGUUAUGCGCAAAUUUCCCAAGCUUGGAAUUUAUGUGGUGAUGUUCACCGAUAUAUUCAAGACUUUCGCUCAGUUCUUUGUAGUCUGUUUCCUGUUUAUUGUGGCCUUUGGCUUAGGAUUUCAUAUUUUACUAUACAAUCAGGUAAACUGUGCAUCUGCUUUCGUUAUAUUAUUGAAUAGGAGUUGCAACGGUUCUCUUAUUGUCUAAUGAAAUAUUAAUAGCAUAUGCUAAACACAACAUUUUUUGAAGACUUAAGGAACAAAUAUUCUUCGAUCCCUUGCUAGAGACAGACUCCUUUAGUACGUUUGAAUUUGCCUAGUGCCUGCACGGCGUUUUCCCAGUCCCUCUCGGUCAAUUCACUUCGGUGACGUAUCCGAGGCGAACGCUCACAUUUUCGCCUGGACCACGUGACCCGAAACGCUUUGGGCGUGCGGAACAAUGAGGCCUAGGGACUAGGCAAGGUUUGAAUGAGAAUGCUCGCCCGCCAGAACUCCACAUGAACGUUUGUGUUUGUGUUCAAAAUAAUACCCCUGGCCCCGUUUGUUUAAACGUUGGAUAGCGCUAUCCAGCAGGCCGCGAUUGUUCAAAAAAUAAAUAGCUCUAUACCGAAUAAAUGGCUAUUCGGCGGUUAAUUAUUGGGGAAAUUAGUUGCCCUUUCCAGUGGAUAGUGAUUUAUCCAGUGGAUAGCGCUAUCCACCUUUGGAGCAGCUGGCGCCAGAUAAAUAACUAUCCAGCGGAUAAGUUCUGUACUGAUAAAGAUUUAUCCAGUGGAAAGCUAGCGUUACCCAGGUUUCGAACAACUGGGCCCUAUCCUUAAAAUACGCAACAUUUGAUCUCUAUUUCUAGAAAAAAUUUUCUACAACUUCGAAUCUUUUGCGCCUUUAAGAGGUAUUGCACCCUUUGCUUGGAAGUCUCCAAUGUGAAUACCCCUUUCUAAAGCAGGAUUCCCAAAAUCACCCAUCAGUCACAUGUCACAUAUCGCAUAAGUGAUUGACCGAAGCGGCUUGAGCAUGUCCCAAGCCUGUGUUCGUCACAGAGCAACCCUUCCCUUAAGUCACAAUUUUGCCCUGAGGGGGAAGUAAGUGUUAAUUUUGACGUAGGGGAGGGGUAGGUAAUCACUCAUCCAAAAACCUCAAUUGAUCCGACUGAAAGAUGCUCGUUUCCAUCUGUAGGUCCCGUACUCCACUCCUGGCAGAGCCAUGCUAAAGACAACAAUGGGAAUGCUGGGAGAAUAUGAAUACGAUACAGUAUACAAUGAAAACGUGGUACCCCCGGUCACGUGGAUACUGUACGUAGCCUUCCUCGUCACCAACUGCAUUAUCAUUAUGAAUUUAUUGGUAAGUGACUGUCGGGAAAGAAGGAGACGAUCUAGAGGAUACGAGUUGUAAAUUGUACGGUGAAAAGACCAUUUCCAAAUUCCAAAAAUUCUCCCAAAGUGCAAAACCUUUCUCGUGAAAGUGAGUUUCAAUAGUCCUCUUUAGCUUGUAUGCUAGAGUAUUAUGACAGGUCUGUAUUGGGAAAACAAAACAUACAAACUAAAGAGGUCUGUUGCUUGAUAAUAACAAAAUAUUUUCGUUUUAAUGGCUUCACACUUGGCCUCGCUUUGAAACAGAGGCUGGGGCAAGUCGGUAAUGGCCCAUUUGUUGCGAGAUUGAGUGCAAAAGGGAAGUGUAAUCACGUGAUGCGAAACUCGUCAUCCUAGUUUGGUACAGACAAAUACAGUGCUGUUGGAAAAGUACCUUAAAAUGGAGUGAUGUUCUUCCCUAAAAUGAUAGCAUUUGUUUUUUUUUUUUUUAAAAAAACUCAUUCUUUUGCGUUUGUUUCCUAUUAAAGUUGAUUGAAAUGGCUUAUUCCCUAUUUUUAAAGUACAAGAGUUGAACCUUUGGUCCGUCCUUUCUUCUUGUGAGUGACCUUUCCGCGUAAACGACGCCCAUUCAGAAUAGUCUAAUCGGAGAUUGCCUAAUAGGGUUCUUCAGUCCCGUCAUCCUAACCCAAAUUGUAGCUAAAUCCCCUAAUCCCCCGAUGGUUAUUAUUGCUAUCCUCCACUGUGAAUACUUGCAACCCGAAUAUUGCCCCAUUUUGCUUUAAAAACCCGAAUCCCGAAUCCCGGAAAUCAGUUGUUCCAGUGAAAGCUCUAUAGUCAGAACCUCUCGUAAGCGGUUAUCUCCAAUAAGUAGCCACCAAAUCUUGGCGUUUUUAAUUGUUAACCAUAGGUCGGUCUGGCUGUAGACGAUAUCAAAGGUGUGCAAGAGAAAGCAGUGCUCAAAAGACUGGCCAUGCAGGUUUGUCAAUGCAACACACAGUAACUGACAAACAAUGCUUUUAUGUUCACCACAACUUGCCAGCUACAGAGUGUGCAUUGUUUAUUGGAACGAGGGGUGGUGGGGGGGGGGGGGGGGGUUGGAUAAAUGUGAAACUAUUUUUUCUUUUCCUCUUUGACAAUUAAAGAUAACUUUUCACCCUUGAGGAACUGUCAUAUUUUUUGCCCUCUUAAGGUAAAAUGGCCUGUUAAUUUUUGUUUAAUGGCACCUCUUCUAGCGGAAGAAUCUAGAGGGUCCGAGGGCAUACUUCUCUGGAAAAAAUGUUAAAUUUUAGUUCUGUGUCAAAAGGUUUCUCGCAUUCUGGGGUUAAAUUUUAGUUUUUCGGUUACUGAAUUUCAGGCAAUUUUUUUUUCUGCCAAUUGUACCUUUUCACUCAGUUUUGGUUUUAUUUUAUAAGGUUUUAGACAUUGACGGUUUCACCUUUGGUGCUUUGACGUAACGUUGUGCGUUAGCCCUGCCCAGAGAAAACAAGUUUAGAAUGAAAUCGCUAGUUUUCAAGUAUUACUGAUAGACUAAUGACUAAAAACAUUGUCACCUUACUUUAACACGAAUUUCCAGUUGCCAAUACCACAAUUGCUCCCUGGAAUUCAUCUAAGGCAAAUUGUUUUCUUGAAAAUUAGCUUUCCGUGUACACAUAUGUCUACAUAUGAAUUAUUUAAAUCAAUCCAUAUUGUUCUCGGCGUUAUGUGCUACUGACACACAACGCAGAUAGAGCUGUUUGAUUAUUUCUGGGGGAAUUUUAUCCUGUAAUCAGGUUGGUUUUAAGAAGUAAGUGUCCCAUUUUUGUGUAGGUUGACCUUGCUUUAGAUGUAGAGAAAGCUCUUCCUGCAAUGCUGAGACAACGGUUUGCCACAACUCAAGAAGUAGUUUAUCCAAAUGCUAACAGAUACUGGACAAUAUGGUCAUUUUGGAACCAGAAUGUCAGUCCUGCAAGAGCAAUUAACGAGGCAAUGAACCCAGAAAAGGUUAGCGAUUAUACGCUUUAUUUCCUCUGAUAUAGUAGUGAUAGUGAGGCUGGCGUGCAAUAAAGACCCCGGGAGCUAUAUCAGUUGCGGUUAGGAAGCGUAAAUGGCAUUAGAGACCUUUAGCAUCGGUUUUUCUUUGGAAACUGCAAACCGCGAACGGCAGUUUGCGGUUACGCGUUUGCAGUUUCACGUUGACAGUACUUCGAAUUUUAACCAAGUGUUCGUUGUUUGGUGGCACCACGUUGUUUUUCGUCAAGUCGGGGUGCUUCACUUUAAUCGCCUGAAAAAUAUCAAGAAUUCGUUGAUUUGAGUGCAAACAUCUAACUAGCACAUCACAAGCGGGUGUAGGAACCUAUCUUUUGCCUUUAAACGUGAGGCUGUACAAAUUUUUUGCCAAAAAUCGCUUCCCGCUGGAAGCUCUUGCUGCCUUUCAAGACUGUGGUCACGUGAUCUUCUCAGGUUUGCCGUUAACCAUGAAAAACCUGAUGGUUAAGUCUCUAUCAUUAACAAAAUGAACCAGGUAGCCGUGACACAGCCUCUUUAUGUAUUUUUACGGCAAUAGUCCAUUGUUACUGUUUUUUAUUGUUUUCUAAGCCAAUCCUUGAGGCCUUGUAUAGCUUAGUAUCGCCCUUCUCUUUGCUAGUAUUUCAAUUUACUUUGGAUUACAAGGCAUUGCUAUACAAAAGAAAACACCUUUCAGGAACGUCUGUCAACGUUUUUUUUUUUUUAUUAUUUAUCUAUAUAUUUUUAUCAGACUCCAAUUGAAAAGCUACAGAAUCAUCAGGAGGCUUUAAAAGACGAAGUAAUGACCCUAAAAUCAAAACUCAAAGCUGUGUUAGAUCAUACCACCCAACUGGAGGCCAUGAUGAAGGCGCUCAUGAAGCAUCACGGGAUAUCUGUAGAAGAGGAAGAAGAAGGCGAGGAUGACGACUAA